AAUUCACCUGCUACCCAACCCCGCCCCAGAAUCUGUAGUUCACCGGGUUCCAUUCGCUCUCAUAUCCUCCAAGCUUUCGUCGCAAAAUGGACUGCGAAGCGGCCCCGGUCGGUAUCCCCUUACAAGACCAGGCGACAGCCAAGUCGUGGUUCUACGAGAACCAGGCACCUUCACCGGUCCUCGGAGGCCAAGGCGGGGUCGUCUUUCCGGCAAACACUAGUGUCAUCGGAAUCAAUAUGACUUCACAUUUCUCCUCUUGCUCGCUCGGGUCGCCCCGUCUAUACCGAUUCAGUCCGAGCCUGCACUUCAACACUUGGCCACUCACGUUCAAUGUCCGGCUCCGCCUAAGCCCGUAUCCCGGCUCAUGCGCCAAUUUCAACGACACAGUACUGUCCGUUCCCCGCAAGUACAGUGUCACUGGCGACUUUGGCGGCACCCAGGUCGAACCUUUCAAAAACUUCCAGUCCGAUUCCCCGAAUUUCCACAAAUCGUUUAUCGAGUCUCCCGACGUAUACGCCCUGGAGAUCUUCAACAUCACGCCGUCGACCGCGCCUGUUGAGAUCACGAAUUUCCAGAUGGAACCUUACACGCCAUGCCCACCAAAACCCGGCGGCACCACCUCAACAAAACUGCUGAUCCUCUGCAUGGUAGUGGCAGGCGUGUUUAUCGCCUCGGCGUUCAUGUCGUGCAUAUGUUUCAGGCGACCACCGAAAGGGAGGAGAGCAGCGGGCGUCGGGUCUCGGGAUAUCGAGCUGACGACACCGCCGGAUUACUCGGUCGAUGCGCCUUAUAAUUCGGUGCGCCCGCUGGCGGAGGACGCGCUGCCGCCGUAUGUUCCGCCGGCCAAGGACGGGGGAGAGGGGGAGUAUGCGCCGGAUAUGUUGACUGAGGAUCAGCUUCCGGAGGCGCCGGAGUAUACUGAGAUACAUUCUGGGACGGGACAUGAUGGAACGACGACGGGUGUACCGGGGCAUGUUGUCCGCGGCGGAGCAGGAGAGGGGCUUGAUGUCGAGAACCCCAUCGAUGUUUCAAUACCCGCACAUGUGGUAACGAUACCAGACGACGUACCGCCGGACUUUGACCUACCCCCACCGACGACCAGUACUACAGACCCACGGGACGCAGAACCUUACGCAACCGCGAUACCAGUGCGAGAACACGAUCCCCAUAUUCCGAUAUCACCCACUUACCACAGGCGCAACAACAUGCGUAACUCUCUGAGUUUGUCAAAUCCCCACCAUGUCGCCUGACGACGAA